AUGGUCUGUCCAGCUAUUCGUACUCUAACGUUAGACUUUUUAGAAGUUCAUGGGUUUCCCGAUGUGAUUAUCGAUGUAUUAUCAAUAAUGAUAGGUGAUUCAAAUUCUGAUUAUCGCGAAAUAAGAAAAAGAAAAAAUACUCAAAGACUAAAUUGGCCUUGA